GCCCACACGUGUGGUAUCAACCCUGCUCCGGGACCCCUGGCCUAGGUGCUACAGGCCAUGGGUCGCUCCCGCCGGACCGGCGCGCACCGAGCACACUCCCUGGCCCGCCAGAUGAAGGCCAAGCGGCGGCGGCCCGACCUGGAUGAGAUUCACCGCGAGCUACGGUCGCAGGGUCCCGCACGGCCCCGGCCCGACCCGGAGGCCGAGCCGGACCCCGACCUGCCAGGGGGAGGCCUGCAUCGCUGUCUGGCUUGCGGGAGGUACUUCAUCGAUUCCGCCAACCUGAGGACCCACUUUCGAUCCAAAGACCACAAGAAAAGGCUGAAGCAGCUGAGCGUGGAGCCCUACAGUCAGGAAGAGGCAGAGAGGGCAGCGGGCAUGGGCUCCUAUGUGUCCCCCCAGCGGCUGCCGGUGCCCACAGAGGUGUCCACUGACAUCCCAGAGAUGGACACGUCUCCCUGAGGAUACAGAGCAGAGUAGCUGCCCAUGGACAGUGAUGCAAGGGCUAGGCCGGGACUGUACCAACAGCUUGUGGCCCUGGGUUUGGGGAGUGGAUGGACUUUUCUCGGUGCCUACCCCCAAUAAAGGAACUGGAGAAAGAGGGGAUUGCCUCUGACUCCUUCACUUUCAGGCCAGGGCUCCCACCUUCCUUCAGACUCCUGCCCUGUAAGCGUUUCCCUACUCCUGUAUGCAG